AUGUUUUCCGUUGAGGACCCGAACUCAGACUCAGGCUCGCAGAACUUCCGGCAGACCGCCUCGGCAAAGAAGCGCUGGCCUUUCUGCUGCAACAUCCUGCGGGCUGUACUGCAAGCAAAAGCAAACGGGCCAAUGGUGAGGCGCAGCGUUGAGCAUUACAUCCACCGGCAGGCUGCUGUUCCUGUUCCUAUUCCUGUUCCUGUUAUCCGCAAGCUCCCAUUGAGCUGUUUGGUAGCCAACAGUGGAGCGAGAAGUGUAAAACGGACGAACAACAAGCCAGCCAACGUUGCCACGCCUGCGCAGUACGAGUUGUAG